AUGAGUUCUGAGUCUAGUUAUUCACGGGCUCGAGCCUAUUCGGUUUCUAUUGUCUGUGCCCGCUGUGGCGAGAAGAAACCGACGGGGGACUUCGUAAGCAAACGAAAAUCUGUUGGUAACACCAAGAACUGCCUGGACUGUCGUAACCAGCGCAACUCUCAUGUUAGCUCUGUCUCCUCAAGCCAAAAGACAUUCAGCGCCAACUAA